GAGUUCAAGGCCAGCAUGCGACCGUACCUCAGGAAGCAAAGCUCACCCAACGCCAACCGCCCGCCUGGGUGCCAGGUCGGGGCGCAUCCCGCGCACGCCCCGUCUUGCACUGACCCACAAGACAAAGAGAAGAAGAAGAAAGAGAGCAUCUUGGACCUGUCUAAGUACAUUGACAAGACCAUCCGAGUGAAGUUCCAGGGUGGCCGGGAAGCCAGCGGGAUCCUGAAAGGAUUUGACCCACUGCUCAACCUGGUGCUGGACGGGACCAUCGAGUACAUGCGAGACCCCGAUGACCAGUACAAGCUGACGGAGGAUACGCGGCAGCUGGGGCUCGUGGUCUGCCGUGGCACCUCCGUGGUGCUCAUCUGCCCGCAGGACGGCAUGGAGGCCAUCCCCAACCCCUUUGUACAGCAGCAGGAAGCUUAGGUGGAGCGCCGCCUGCUGCCGGGGACCCCCUCCCGGGGACCUCCCUCCUGGGGAACUUCUGUGUGGUGUUUUGAUUUGUUUCUCUUUUGUUUAGUUUUUUAAUAAAAUUGCCCACUUGAGCA